AUGGGAUUUAGAUUCAAGUCUGACAGCAGAAUUAACUUGACUGAAGGAGAUGAGCGAAUUCCUGUUCCAGUGGUGGCAGCUCCGGGAGAAGGAAGGAAUGGGCUGUUGGGGAUGGCACUGUUUGAGCAGGCUGGUUCCCCUGAAUGCUCUGUGUCCAUCAGGAGGCCUGGGAGUUCCAGAGGUGAUUGGGCUGAUCUUUGUUUUAAAUGUUUUCUUCAGAAAUACCGCUAUCAGGAUGAAGAUACGCCUCCACAGGAGCACAGCUCCCCGCACAUUGCCAACGAGGUGACGGGUCCAGAGCUGGUUCAUGUAUCAGAGAAGAAUCUGUCCCAGAUUGAGAAUGUACAUGGAUUUGUUUCUCAUUCUCAUAUUUCACCAGUAAAGCCCACAGAAGCUGUUCCUUCCUCUUCUCCCAUUGUCCCUGUGAUCCCUGUCCCACCAGUCCCUGCUGAGACCACUGUCAUCCCAUCCACCAUACCACAGGCAAAUCCACCUCCAGUUCUGGUGAAUACAGAUUCUUUGGACACUCCAACAUAUGUCAAUGGCACAGAUGCAGAUUAUGAGUAUGAAGAAAUUACUCUUGAAAGGGGAAAUUCAGGACUUGGCUUUAGCAUUGCAGGUGGCACAGACAACCCACAUAUUGGGGAUGAUUCAGGUAUUUUCAUUACAAAAAUUAUAGCCGGAGGUGCAGCUGCACAGGAUGGAAGAUUACGGGUUAAUGAUUGUAUCCUACGAGUAAAUGAGGUUGAUGUUCGUGAUGUGACACACAGCAAAGCAGUCGAAGCAUUAAAAGAAGCGGGAUCAAUUGUGCGAUUGUACGUCAAAAGAAGAAAACCAGUGACAGAAAAAGUAGUGGAAAUAAAACUUGUAAAAGGCCCUAAAGGUCUUGGUUUCAGUAUUGCUGGCGGUGUAGGAAAUCAGCAUAUACCUGGAGACAACAGCAUCUAUGUUACCAAAAUAAUUGAAGGAGGGGCAGCCCACAAGGAUGGGAAACUUCAAAUUGGUGACAAACUUUUAGCUGUGAAUAGUGUUUGCUUAGAAGAAGUUACUCAUGAAGAAGCAGUGACUGCCUUAAAAAACACUUCUGACUUUGUUUAUCUGAAAGUUGCAAAACCCACCAGCAUGUUCAUGAAUGAUAGUUACGCCCCUCCUGAUAUCACAAACUCUUAUUCUCAACCAGUGGACAACCAUAUCACUCCAUCUGCCUACUUAGGACAGUCCCUUCCUCCGGCAUCUCCAGGGCGAUAUUCACCAAUUCCAAAGGGAAUGCUUGGAGAUGAUGAGAUUACCAGGGAGCCUAGAAAGGUUGUCCUGCAUCGAGGAUCAACAGGUCUUGGUUUCAACAUUGUUGGAGGAGAAGAUGGAGAAGGAAUUUUCAUCUCUUUCAUCCUUGCAGGAGGACCAGCUGAUCUCAGUGGAGAACUUAGGAAAGGCGAUCGUAUAAUUUCUGUAAAUGGAGUCGACCUGAAGGCAGCCACCCAUGAACAAGCAGCAACAGCUUUGAAGAAUGCAGGCCAAGCAGUAACUAUAGUGGCUCAGUACCGUCCAGAAGAAUACAGUCGUUUUGAAGCUAAAAUACAUGAUUUACGGGAGCAGAUGAUGAACAGUAGCAUUAGUUCAGGAUCAGGAUCUUUGCGAACCAGCCAGAAGAGAUCCCUAUAUGUCAGAGCUCUGUUCGAUUAUGACAAGACUAAAGACAGUGGCCUUCCAAGUCAAGGACUGAACUUCAAAUUUGGUGACAUUCUCCAUGUCAUUAAUGCUUCUGAUGAUGAAUGGUGGCAAGCACGGCAGGUAACUCCAGAUGGAGAAAGUGAUGAAAUUGGAGUUAUCCCAAGCAAACGCAGAGUUGAGAAAAAAGAACGAGCCCGUUUAAAGACAGUGAAAUUCAAUUCCAAGACAAGAGGAGAGAAAGGGCAGUCAUUCAAUGACAAGCGUAAAAAGAACCUCUUUUCCCGAAAAUUUCCCUUCUACAAGAACAAGGACCAGAGUGAGCAGGAAACCAGUGAUAUUGACCAGCAUGUAACCUCUAAUGCCAGCGAUAGUGAAAGUAGUUACCGUAAGUGUUUUUAAGUUCUUUAUUUAGAAUCUUUGUUUAGUAGCUCUUCCUUUG